AUGCUCCGCCUCCGCCUCGGAUGCCGCGCCCUGUCCCAGCUCCUCCCGCCCCCAUCCUCGUCUCCCAUCUCCCAGCUCCUCGGCUACCACAGCCGCCUCCUCUCCGCGGCCGCGCCCGUCGUCUCCCCAAACCCUAGCUUCGCCGUGGAGGAUUACCUCGUCUCCACCCGCGGCCUCGUCCGAGCGCAGGCCCUCAAGGCCUCCCCCAAGCUCGCCCACCUCAGGUCCCCCGCCAACCCCGACGCCGUGCUCGCCUUCCUCGCCGGCCUCGGCCUCUCCGGCGCCGACGUGGCCGCCCUCGUCGCCAGGGAGCCCCAGUUGCUCUGCGCCAAAGUGGAGAGGACCCUGGCCCCCAACGUCGCCGCGCUCACCGGCGUGGGGUUAUCGCGUUCUGAGAUCGUCGGCCUCCUGUCGCUCGGAUGCGGCAAACUCCGCUCUAGAUCCGACGUCUCCAAGCUGCAGUACCACCUGUCCCUCUUCGGCUCCAUCGACAACUUCCUCCAUGCUCUCAAGCGCAAGGGAUGCUCCAUUCUCUGGGCUGACCUCGAGAGGGUGGUCAAGCCCAAUGUCGCUUUCCUGCGAGAGUUUGGGCUUGGUCCUUGUGAUAUUGCCAAGCUGUGCGUCGCUCAGCCAUGGCUACUCACCUCCAGGGCAGAGCGUGUCCGGGCGACGGCGGUGUGCGUCGAAGGUCUGGGUAUACCCCGAGGGUCUGGGAUGUUUAGGCAUGCACUCAAUGCUGUUGCAUUCGUCAGCAAGGAGAAAAUCGCCGCCAAAGUGGAGCACCUGAAGAAAACGUUCAGGUGGUCGGAUGCUGAGGUGGGCAUUGCUAUUUCUAGGGCUCCAAAUGUGCUGAAUAAGACUAAGGAGUUUCUGCAGAGAAGGUCAGAGUUCCUCAUCUCUGAUUUGGGGUUGGAACCCGCAUACAUUGCUCGUCGCCCCGUAAUGCUCUCGUACAGCCUGGAGCGCCGGCUAAGGCCCCGGAGCUACGUUGUGAAGUUUCUCAAGGCAAAUGGAUUGCUAGAUCCCGACCGGGACUUGUAUUCCGUGCUUGUACUGUCUGAGAAGGUAUUCAUGGAGAAGUACAUAUGCCCUCACAAGGAAGCUGCACCGUGCCUCGCUGGAGACUAUGCUGAUGCUUGCAAAGGGCUACUGCCGACUAAUUUCAGAUUUACAUGA